UGUAUGCGCGCCGGAGAGGACAGGAGAACUGAAAGUAUAGCUGUCACGUCAAUUUAUAUGCACCCAUGACUUGCUAUCAGCAGAAGUGCCUGUGAGUCCUGUGCGUCUGGAAUGAUGGAUAAGUUCAAAACGGUUCUUAAAAUUGUUCAGAAACAGCAGACUAGUCUCGGGUUUGGUUUAGUUGCGUUGUUAACUGCAGGCGGGGAACAGAUAUUUUCGUCAGUGGUGUUCAAAUGUCCUUGCAGCGGCUGGAACUUUUCCUACGGCAUGGUGUUUCUCUUAGUGCCUGCUCUGGCACUGUUGGUGUUAGGUUACAUCAUGAGCAAUAAAACAUGGAAAUUGUUUACAGGUUUGUGUUUACGCAAAUCCAAAUUUUGUAAUUUUAAAUAUGUUUGCGCCAGUGGGGUGGUCUUCUUUCAGAUCACCACGACAGCAGCAGUUGCACCUGUCAGCUGGAUUGCAGUCGCUUUGCUCAAUGGCAAUUACUUUGAAUGCGCCAUGACUGGCGUCAAUGUAACGGUUUUCACAAACCACCUUUGCGAUGGAAAGAGUCCGCAGUGCCAGGAUGAACUUUAUAAAUUCCCCUGCGGGAGAGCAACCCACGUGCCCCAAUCCGACAGCAAUGAUGUGCUGGCAACCAUCCGCGCUGAGUCGCAGGUCCUGGGUUGGCUACUGAUCGCCUCCAUCAUGGUCUUUAACCUCCUGCUGACCUGUGUUGCCCGGUGUAACUCCCCAGUCAGCUACCUGCAGCUGAAGUUCUGGAGGGUCUAUGCCCAGCGGGAGAGCGACCUGCUGGAAAGCUACACGGCAGAUCACGCCGAAAAGCUUGCCGAGAGGAACCUGAAGAGCUUCUUCCAGCAGACGCCUCCAGAGCCUGUCACAACCCCACCUAACCAGGCCUGGGAGAAGAUCUCGUCCCUCUACAGGUUCAGCACCAGAGACCACUACUACAGCAUCCUGCACAAGUACGUGGAGAUGUGCCAUGACCCAGCAGAGGCCAGGGCCCACAGGAUUUCAUCUGUCAGGUCAGACGGUCCAGACACUGCUAAUCCAGCCGUGCUCGCCUUUGUGGAUGAGGGCAAGAUGAUGCUGUGAAUGGGCAUGCAUAUGAUCAUAGGAACAGCAUCACUAUCAUGACCCUAUCUGUAAGCAUCCUUGUUUUUAUCAUCAAAGUCAUGACUCAUUAUAGAGGAUUAUUGUCAGCGUUCUAAUCUUCGUCAUCAUCGUCAUCAUUAUUGCUGUGCAUCAGGGGAUUUUUCAGUAGAAAGACCAAUUACAUCUGAUUAACCACUCUCAAGUCUUCACUUGAAUACCAAUACUUCCCAAUUUUAGAUUGUUACUUGAAAGUUCACUCACUGUACCACGAGUGCUGCUUGCAGCUUUUUAUUUGAAAUUCUAUGCUCAGAAGGGAUUUAAUUUUUAUUUUAUUUUUUAUAGUUGAUCAUACUUUCUUUCUCUUCUACUUUUCUCCUCUCUUUAGUAUUUUUAUCCUCCUCAGACUUGACCUACAUACAGGUGGUCUGUGGUAUUAAACAGGAAAAGCAUGGUCUGGUUCUAUGAAAUGGGGCGGCAGGUAGCCUAGUGGUUAGAGUGUUGGGCCAGUAACUGAAAGGUUGCUAGAUUGAUUCCCCGAGCUGCCAAGGUCAAAAUCUGUCGUUCUGCCCCUGAACAAGGGGCAGAAUCCACUGAAUCCACUGUUCCUAUGCCGUCAUUGUAAAUACAAAUGUGUUCUUAACUGACUUGCCUAGUUAAAUAAAAAAUAAGGAGCAUAUUUACUUCCUUUUAGCUAGUGCACUGCAAAAUACUUUCAAGUUAAACCCUGUUGCCAGUGUAUAUGUAGCAUCUUUAUGACGGUAACCCACAAGAAUAUUUAGUUGGACCGUACAAGCUUGGUCUCCAACGUAUUUCUGCGUUAUUGUUAUUUAUAUUAUUGCACUGUAGACCGACCAUUGCCACAAGUGAACUGCGAUGAACAUCAGCUCUGAAUUGAAUAAUAACUUAGUGAAAUGGUUAGAUCCGUAUCUCUGUGUAAAGCUUAAAUGUGCUGCAUCGGUAUCAGAAGUCUUAUGGUACUAUUGUUGGAUGAGUGGAGGAGCAUGAAAGUAUUCACUUUAAGUAUGAGGAUAAUACAGCAAUUUGGUCCAAAAGGGGAAAGUAAACUUGACUUUUUGCUAUGUUAUUGCCACAAUGUCACUCCACUCACUGUCAUUUGGGAAGCGAGUCCUGUGCCUGGACUUUCUUUCAAACACCUUUUCACCUCUACCUCUGAUUACAUCACGCUCACAGUAUCUUUUUAUUUUAUUUUAUACCUUUAUUUAACUAGGCAAGUCAGUUAAGAACAAAUUAUUAUUUUCAAUGACAGCCUAGGAACAGUGCCCCCUGUUCAGGGGCAGAACAACAGAUUUGUACCUUGUCAGCUCAGGGAUUUGAACUUGCAACCUUUCAGUUACUAGUCCAAAGCUAUAACCACUAGGCUACCCUGCCACCCCAGGAAACCCUUCUGUUUCCCAACCACUGACUCAGAACACGUGUUUGAUCUGCCCAUUUCUCCUUUUUCUGAAAAAAUGGUAGGUCUUAUGCAAGUCUAAUGUAAUAUGAUCUCAUUUCUGACACCAAUGCAAAUUAAGGUAACGGGUCCACAAAGCUCUGAAGACUAACAUAUACCUUGAUAAAUUGGUCAUUAGGGUAUUUUUUUAACAUUUUGUGACAAGAUACAUUUUGAUUUAGUAUAUUAGGUACCUGAUGUGGCUAGUCCAGCCCUGUUAAAAGCUGCUCUGUGGGAGAAAUCAAUGCACUCAGAGCCUUUUAGGGUGAGGAUAUUAUAGCUUCAUCCUGUGGGAAUUGUAGAGCAUAGAAACUCAUCCCAGCCUUCUACAGGAAAUGGGAGAGGAAACUCUUCUGUUUCCCAACCACUGACUCAGAACACAUGUUUGAUAUGCCCAUUUCUCCUUUUUCUGAAAAAAUGGUAGGUCUUAUGCAAGUCUAAUGUAAUGUCUAGCUAGCUAUAUGAUUGCCUAUAAAACUGUGCUCUGUGUUAUAUUUUUGGGUAUGCAUGAUAUUGUAUCUGCGUGAGGUUCCAUAGCUCAGUAUUAACAUUACUGUUGAUUUCCCAUUUCAUUUUGCAACUGCUAAUGAAUGCAGUGCAGCCUUCGUGCCGAAAUACCACAUUGCUUUGUGUGUUUGUGUGUGUUUAUGCGUGUGCGUGUUUGUGCAUGUAAGAGAAAGGGAAAACGAAAGAGAGGGCGAGAGAGAGAGCAAAGGGUGAUUUCAUAUACUGUAUAAUGUUGUAUCUGGCUCAAGCUGUAUGUGAAUUUAAUACAGAUAAUAAAUUGUGUUGCUGAAA